AUGGAUGUUGAGUGUCCGCCCAGGUUAUCUAUCGGAGACGAAGCAAACACCAGUUGUUGUCUCUCUCAUCCAUUCACUGUUUUAGUUACCGAUCAAGAUGUUCAUCUCCAGGUCUGUUAUUACGAGCAUUGGCUCCAGGGUCUCAGUUCGACUCACCACGACAGGACUCAGAUCCCUGGCCACCGGUACUGUCAAACCAAACCAUCUUCAAUAUCAACAGUAUCAGCAUCAGAAUCAUCUAACGUUUUGUCUUUUUGCUCUUUAGCUGUUCCAAAGUUCCCCUUCUCACGCCCUCGCGGAGCCGAGCCUCCAGCAGAAUACGCCAGACUGCGCGCAACCGACCCGGUAUCCAAGGUCGAGCUCUGGGACGGCAGCCAGGCAUGGCUCGUGGUGAAGCACAAGGAUAUAUGCAGUGUCCUGACAGACCAGAGGCUUUCCAAGCAGCGCAAUCGUCCCGGGUUUCCCGAGCUCGACGCGGGUGGAAAGGAGGCAGCGAAGCGAAAGCCGACAUUUGUCGACAUGGAUCCACCGGAGCAUAUGCAGCAGAGGAGCAUGGUCGAACCCCUAUUCACCCGCGAGCAUAUUGAUGGCAUGCGCCCGCAUAUCCAACAGACGGUCGAUACCCUGAUUGACGAGAUGAUCAAAGGGGGCGGGAAGCCUGCAGUAGACAUUGUCGAGAAGCUCGCAUUGCCAACUGCAUCGCUGCUAUCCGUAGCAAUGGCAGCGCAACUGCGGCUUGCUGCAUCCGCAGCUAACCAGGAACUCCUCGAGUAUAUUGGGGGCCUUGUGGACCAGAGAAUCGUCGAGCCACGGAACGAUCUCAUCAGCAAACUGGUUGUAGAGCAGCUCAAGCCAGGACAUCUGCAGAGAGACGAUGUUAUUCAGAUGGCGUUCCUGAUGCUUGUUGCCGGCAAUGCAACGAUGGUGAACAUGAUCAACCUGGGUAUCGUAACACUCUUUGAAAACCCGUCCCAGCUUGCAGACCUCAAGAAGGAUCUGUCCCUUGUACCGCAAUUCGUCGAAGAGCUCUGCCGCUUCCACACAGCAUCUGCCAUGGCCACGCGCCGUGUUGCAAAGGUUGAUAUCGAACUCGGCGGCAAGACUAUCAAAGCCGGCGAAGGGAUCAUCGCCGCUACACAGUCCGGAAACCGUGACGCCGACGUGUUCCCUGACCCAGAUACCUUCAACAUGCACCGCAAGCGUGGCGCAGAGUCGGCGUUUGGCUUUGGAUACGGCGAGCAUCGCUGCGUUGCCGAGUGGCUGGCUCGUGCUGAGCUUGAAAUCGUCUUCACCACAUUGUUUCGACGUCUUCCAGACCUCAAGCUUGCCGUCCCACUGGAUGAGGUGAAGUAUUCAGAUCCAUCGAAGGAUGUUGGAAUCACCGAACUCCCUAUUACUUGGUAG